CAGCGCUUGCCGUUUGUUAUGUCCCGAUUGUUGCAUGACAACGCGCCUGGCGAGAUGAUCGAUAAAGCCACGCGCGUGCACACAAUAAAAUGAUCCUGUCGAGAGCGAAGCCGGCCUCGUCGGAAGGUGUCCGGAAGUCGGCGUUGCGCAAGGAAAUACCGAAGCUAGAGGAAUUCCUGGAGAAACGCGACUACACCGGAGCCUUGACGUUGCUGGAAUUCAACAGCAGCAGCGCCGGCAGCAGCCUCGAGUCGGACCUGUGGAUGGGAUACUGCGCGUUUCACCUGGGCGAUUACAAACGCGCGGUUACCGUCUACGAGAACCUGAGGAAGAAGGAGUACGUGCCGCCGGAUGUGCCGACGAACCUGGCAUGUUGCUACUUUUUCCUCGGCAUGUAUCCCGAGUCGCAGAAGAUCCUGGAGGAUGCGGCAGAUAGCAAGCUGAGGACCAGAUUAUUGUUCCACUUGGCCCACAAGAUGGGCAACGAGCCCAAGCUGGUGGAGUACCAUCAAAUGCUGCAGGAUGUCAUAGAGGAUCAGCUCAGCCUAGCGUCUAUUCACUACCUCAGAGCUCAUUACCAGGACGCCAUCGACGUAUACAAGAGGAUCUUGCUGGACAACAGGGAUUAUCUAGCGCUGAACGUAUACGUGGCUCUGUGCUACUACAAGCUGGAUUACUACGACGUGGCUCAGGAGGUGCUUCAGGUUUAUUUGCAGAAGUAUCCGGACAGCGCGAUCGCGAUCAAUCUGAAGGCGUGCAAUCAUUUCCGGCUGUACGACGGGAACGCCGCUCAGUCCGAGAUGAAGCAGCUCAUCGAGAAGAUAUCGAGUUCCUUCAGCUUCGGCCACGAUCUCAUACGCCACAACACGGUCGUGUUCAAAGGUGGCGAGAACGCCCUGCAGAUUCUGCCGAACCUGGUGGACGUCAUACCGGAAGCCAGGCUCAAUCUCGUGAUAUACUACUUGAAGCAAGACGACGUAAAGGCGGCCUACGACCUGAUCAAGGACCUGGAACCCGCGGUGCCGCAGGAAUACAUCUUGAAGGGCAUCGUGAACGCCGUCAUGGGUCAAGAGACCAAUUCUCGCGACAGUAUGAAAAUAGCGCAACAAUAUUUCCAACUGGUGGGCUCCUCGGCAUCGGAGUGCGACACCAUACCCGGUAGACAGUGCAUGGCUUCCUGCUUCUUCCUCUACCGGCAAUUCGAGGAGGUUUUGGUGUACCUUAGCUCGAUCAAGACGUACUUCUCCAACCAAGACAACUUCAACUUUAACUACGCCCAAGCGCAAACCGCGGCUGGCUACUUCAAGGAGGCCGAGGAGGCCUUCCUGAUGAUACGUAACGAAAAGUACAAGAACGAUUACAUCUACAUAAGUCUGCUGUCCUACUGCUACAUAAUGAAUAAGAAGGCCGAGCUAGCCUGGGAAUUGUAUCUAAAGAUGGACACAUCGACGGAAUCUUUCAACCUACUCCAGCUGAUCGCCAACGCCUGUUACAAGGUCGGCGAGUUCUGGUACGCCGCCAAAGCCUUCGAUAUGCUGGAGCGUAUGGAUCCGAGUCCCGAACACUGGGAGGGGAAACGAGGUGCCAGCUGUGGCACUUUUCAGUACAUAAUAGCAGAAAAGCAGCCAAAAGAACUACUGUCAGACGUGAUACAACUUCUGAAGAACACCUCGAAUUCCCAAGUGGAGCAGAUAAUACGCGUGAUGCGGAAAUGGGGGAAGGAUAACCGAGUGAAUGUAUAAUGUGUGAAUAUCGGUCGAGUAUCAUCAUUGCCGAUUCCAUUCGUGGAUUCCGCCUUGCUGCAAUUAUUUUGCUGAAAUAUCUACAAUAUAUAAUAUUGUACAUAAUGCAUGCACGCGAGUAUGUAACAGUCGUGAUAGUUGAACGAUUGGGUAAUGAGGAGUUAUAAGCUCUUUGUUUUCACAUUGAACAACAGCGAAUUCUCGACGCGUCUUACAGAGGUGAUUCGACGAAAGGUCGAGAAUCCAUAAUACGAAUUAAUAACGCCUCAUAUUUUUAUCGAUUUAAUAUAAAAUAGAUAUAUAUUUAAACUGUGGUACACUCAUUUUUUUAUAAUAAUAUAAUAUCAAUAAUAUUGUAAUAGAGUAAUAAUAAUAAUUAAUUAAUUAAUUUUAACAAACACAAUCGGUGAAUUGCAAAAACCGCCAUUAUAUCCCAAUGGCGUGCUAUCCUUACAAUUGCGUCCACGAUCGAUCCUCAAGACGCGGAUUAUUAUUUUCGGAUAUCUUUACGAUGAUUCUUAACGCGCGCGCGUUACAAGAUAACCUGCGCUUUACAACGGUUUAUCACAAAUAUUCCCGAUGGAAUGGCUGUUAGAUUCAGCGUGAAAAGAACAAAACAGAAGGGAGACGGGAAGAGGUGGGAAAGGGGAGAAGGACAUCGCUCAUCUUGAGCAUCGGCGUCCCGGGAAAUUGAGCAGGCAAGAGUAAACACUAAAAAGAACGUUCAACCAACCAAUAUAACAAUGUAGUGAUAAGUGAAAGUACAAUUUCCUCCUCGCCGAAUUCCAACAGAGAAUCGAACUGGAAAGGCAGAUCUAACGAAGUCAUUAAUCAUUAUUACUCGUCAAUUAUGAACACGUGUUAGCGCUUAGUCGGAAAUAAAUAUCGUUAGGAAAUAAUCGUCGGAAAUAAUUAUCGUCGAAUGAGCGCCCUCAGGGGCGACAGAAUGAUCGCGGGGUGAAAUUUGUCAAGUCGAGUGACGUAGCGCUUAUUAAUAAACACGGAACGCGGGCGAGAGAAAAUAGUGUAUUACAAAUGCGAGCGGCUCUCUCUCGUCGACGUCCUCCCGUUCAGUUCGAUUCUCCGAAGCUUCACCUCGCGCCUCUCCUUCGGCCGAGGAGCGCUUCUCUCGGACCGCGGCAGCUCUCCGUCCAGCCGGCGUGUGUCGCGGAUAAGCGCACGCGAGUCGUCGCUACGCACCGUCGUCGUUACGUGUUAUAAAAAUAGCACCGGAGAGUUUUUCUUUCGUCUUUCCUGCCUCCGUCUGUCAGUGAUUUUGCCGGCGGAAUUUCUCGUAGCGCACGACCUGCUACGGAUGCUCCACGUGCGCGCUUAUCGAUCACCCAGUGAACAUACAGUUCCGAAGGAAGUCGUAAAGACGUCCAAAAGAUGUCAUCAAUUCUUUAGAACGUCUCUUUUCGCUGUCUGGCAAACGAUACUCGUUCUCCGAAACACGCCUUCUAGAUACGAGACGAGAGCUCCCGCAGGUCCACCAUUCGAUUAUUACAUACCGUUAACCAGGUUAAAAUAAAAAAAAAAA